UCAUGUUUGCUGGCCUUGAAGACACAAGCUCAGUGCUAUAAAAAAGCGAAUGAGCCAUGAACUUGGGGCUGGGAGAUGAAGAUCUGGGCAGGCUGAGUGAGAGGGUGAGAAGGCUGCUUUCAGGGAGGACACAGACAAACACAAAUAGAGACAGUGCUAAAACUGGACAGGGGCUGUCCCAAAGUACCAUCAUCAUCAUCAUCAUCAGUUGCUGCUGCCUCCAGUUCAGCAACCGGGGGGGUCAGCGUGCGCGUUUAUAAAUGGGACAAAAAGCUCCGCAGUCACGAGAAAUGUGCCUCGGAGUAAAAACAGGACGUCCCGCUGCAGAAAGUGCGUGCAACUGAGGUGAAGUGAACUCGCCGAGCGGCCAUUUUUAAAGCGCGCUCCUUCAGUGGCCACAACAGCUGCUUCAGCGCGUUAACGGGCGUCCCGAGGGAAGUGCUACGCGUGGGGUGAACUAUGGCGGACGGGGACUUCUUCCCGCUGGGCAGGCACAGGGUGGCCCGGGACCCCUUUCGGGAGCAGUCGUCGCUCGCGUCACGCUUCAUGGACGAGGACUUCGGCAUGAUGAUGUCGCCCUUCCACGACGACCUGUCCAUGGAGUGGCCCGGCUGGGCGCGCCCCCGGCUCAGCACGCGACUCGGUUCGCCCUGGUCGAGCUCCUUGCGUUCGGGCUUCCCUCGCGCGUCCGCGGCAUCACCCCCUGGGUUCGGCUCGUGGUACGACGAGCCGCGCGGCGCGCCCCCGCCGAACCUGCGCGAGCCCUGGAAAGUUUGCGUGAAUGUGCACAACUUCAGGGCGGAGGAGCUACACGUGAAAACAAAAGAGGGCUUCGUGGAGGUGUCGGGAAAGCAUGAAGAAAAACAAGAGGAGGGAAGCAUUGUAACCAAGAACUUCACCAAGAAAAUCCAAAUACCAGGAGAUGUGGAUCCCCUGUCAGUGUUUGCUUCUUUGUCCCCUGAAGGGGUUCUCAUAAUUGAGGCUCAACCAGUGCCCCCUUAUUACCUUUUCAGCAGCGAAUUCCCUGUAAACGAGGAGGAAGAGAAAGAUGUUCAGACUCAGGAAGCCACCAAGGCUUAAUAGCCCAUUCAUUCACAGCAAGGUGUCCAGUGGCAUGCAAGGGGGGCACGAGAGAAUUUGGGCUACAUAAGAGACCAUCGGUCCUUUUGUGAGCCUCAUUGCCCCAUCAUGAAGUUUGGGAUCGGGCCCCAUCCAGUUUUUGUACCAAGAUUGGGUACCAAAGAAUUCAGUUCAUACUCUUCUGGCAUCAGACCAUAUUUUGAGCUUCAUAAGCAAAUGAAGGGGAUCAAUCAGAGAUGAAGAUGAGUGGCUGCUUAUAUGAACAAUCCCAUGAUAAUUCUUAGUGCCUGACUUGUACCCAAAGAUGUUUUCACCAGCAUUUGCCAAAUACAAAAUUUUGAUAGCCUGCUAAAGCAACACCUCCACCUCUGUAUUGUGUGAACUUGGACAGUUGAACUUAUGGUGUAUUAAAGCUUUGCACUGUAGCUCUAGUUACAGGAGGUGAGACAAACCUAUCAAUACAUUGAACUAAAAGUCACGUAUGGGCUCUGUCCCUAAUCGCAUUUGGAGGUGGAAUUCAUAAGAAAUUGUAAUUCUGUCACAUCUCAGUGAGUGAUUUGAGGGUUGCCAGUGUUUUGAAAGCUUAAAGUAUAUUGUCUUGAACAAACUCAUUCUUAGGUCUAGAAAUCAAAGUGGUCUUACAAAAUGGUAUUCCUUUGUUUCAAGUCCUUGUUUCGUACUUACUCAUGUCAUGUUGUAUCCUGUACGAAAUAAACAAUUUUUUGACAGGAGGCUGACCGAUGUCUUUGCAUUGUAUUCACAAUAAAACCUCU